AUGCCCAACUUCGGUCAGAAGAUCCUCAAACACCUCGGCCUGGAGGAGGGCCAUGCCUCUGGCUUCCCUGGCCAUGGCCAGGGCCAGGGCCACGGACAGCCGGACGCUGCCCGUCUGCCCGGCAACCGAGUCAUCAACAACGACGAACGCUCUCUCUCGAACCGCCCCGGCGGCACAUACCCACGCAUCUGCCGCAUGGGCGACGGCUCGGUCCUCUCGUCCUUCACGCGCUUCAACCACGGCGAGCGCAUCCUGACCGUGGCCCGCAGCGUCGACGGCGCCCGCACCUUCGAGGACAUCGGCGAGGUGACGCGCGGCCGCGGCGACGUCGACAACCUGUUCCUGCUGGAGGUGGCGCCGAACGUCGUGCUGGGGGCGUUCCGCAACCACGACCUGGGGCCCGGCGGGCCCACGCACUUCCGCAUCACGGUGUGCCGGUCGGUGGACGGCGGGCGGUCGUGGCAGUUCGCGUCGCAGGCGGCGGAGUCGAAGCCGCCGUGCGGGAUCUGGGAGCCGUUCAUGCGGCUGGGCCAGCGCGGCGAGGUGCAGCUGACGUACUCGCAGGAGUACGCGCACAACAACCAGUGCACGAUGCUGGUGCGGUCGUGGGACCAGGGGGCGACCUGGUCGCCGCCCGAGUGUCUGCACGGCCGGGAGCACUGCGUGCGCGAUGGGAUGAACGGGAUUGCGCAGACGUGGGAUAAUGGGCGGCCGGCGCUGGUGAUGGUGUUCGAGACGACGACGCAUGGCACGUUUGAUCUGGAGGCGCUCAUUUCGUACGAUGAUGGCGCGACCUGGGGACACCGCCAUGAGGUGUAUGUGCCGCCGCGCGGGCACAAUGCGGGCGCACCGCAGAUUGCGGCGUUCGGCGAUGGUUCUUUGGCGGUGAUUUUCAUGACGGACGAGGAUCACCACCAGGUCGAGUGGACCAAGAAUGCGUGUAUCAAGGUGGUGUUUGCUGGUCCGCCGCAGGACGGGCGCAUCUUCUGGACGCGCCCGACCGUGCUGUGUCCCGGCCAGGGACAUUGGCCUGGCAUUGCAGCGCUGGACCAGCGCACGCUGCUGGCGACGUACGACUGCGGCGGACCCAAGGCCAAGUCUAUCACUUUGCACUAG